UGUCGCGUGGGCGGGGUCUCGGUUUCUUUUGGGCCUCAUCGAGGGCGUUGCGGGUUGAGCGUGGAGAUCUAGUGCGGGGAGGGUGAAGGCGAUUCCUUCCACCAGGUCUAUCUUCUAGCUGAGGGGUUACCCACCAUCAUCCCGUCUUGGUGGCUUCUCCAGGUGUCCUGCUGCYCAGCUUUCCCUCCUGCUGUGGCCAUGGCUGAGAGAGUGCUGGCACCCACCCAGAUGGGCCGGGGAGACCGCUACUAUACAUAUACUGAGCUCCUGGCCAUUUCUCGGCGCUUCAAGCAGAACCCCAACGAGCUUAUGAUCACCUGGAUCCUGCGGGUGUAUGACCAGGGGGGCCCAGCUCUGUCCUUGAAUUCCGGGGAGCUGGCACUGCUGGGUGACCUAACCCAUGAUGCCAUCUUCAACUACCACUGCAAGACGCUGCGGGGUGGCUGUAAGACACUGCUCACCUGGCUACUACAGGCCUGGCGCCAGCGCUGGGAAUCCUUCCUGCACUUUGAGGCCACUGAACUGCCUUUCCGUCCCUGGACCACUAUGGAGGAGGGCAUCCAGCUGGUGCGUGAGCUGGGCAUGCUCGACUGGAUCUACCGCGAGCUGCCUUCGCCACUCUCACCUCCUGAGCCCGAGUAUGCAGCGCCAGAGGACGUGCCUUUCACUCAGGGCCUGCAGAGACGCCUGCUUACAGCUGCACCCUCAGAACUGCGGCUCUCACUGGUCAGCCUGCUGGUCAAGGGCAUGACCGUGCUGGAGGCUGUGAUGGAGAUCCAGACAAUUGCUGAUGUGGGUUUGCUGUGGCGCCAGAGCCAGCCAGGCCGUGCCAAGCUCAUGCUGGGGCCUAACCCCACACGCAAGGACCUCACAGGCUGGCUACUCAGCCACGGGGUGCCCAGGGAGAGAGUGGAUAAGCAGCCCACCAAGGUCCUCCUGGAGCUGUACAUCAAAGAGGCCAAGCGCAGCCGCAGCCAGCCAGUCUAUGGGCUAGGAGAGGAGCAGCCGCCUCCACCUCCCUACUCUGACCAGGCCUGUGGGGAGGAGCCGCCCAUAUGCCAUGACUAGCCCCUUCCAGUGUGUGGGGUGGGAGGCCAAACUCCAGAAGAGCUGCUUUCAGCCCAGAGUUCAGGGAGGACCUUUGUCUAUACCUUUCCCAUGUAUCUCAAGCAGUUGUAGGUCAUGUU